CCCUUAAAAGUCAUGGUCAUCCUCUUCCAGCAGGACUGAUCUCUAAUGUAUCUGCUGGAACAAGACGGACCAACCUUCUGCCUCCCUGAGCUGCUGGAUUUCUCUUUUUAACCCAUGAGGCAGGACGUUGGUUCUGAACACACCGUUGGAUAUCACAAAUACUUGGAUUGCUUUUUGGCCCUCAGUGCAGGAACCUUUUUCAAGCUUCUCCUGUGUUUAACCUGAACAAUGCAGUCCAUCAGAGACUUGAAGCCCAACUUCGGCCCUCCUCCCCAGUCCAUGGCUGCUGGCCCCGAUACCUAUAUGCAGGGCAACAUCAGAUUGACUCUGGAGGACCCUGACCUCUGGAAGUCCUUCCAUGAUUUAGGAACAGAGAUGAUUAUCACCAAACCGGGCAGGAGGAUGUUUCCACACUGUAAAAUUAAUCUAGCUGGCCUAAUUCCAUGUGCCAAGUACAUCUUACUGGUUGAUAUGGUUCCUGUGGAUGGUUUCAGAUAUAAGUGGAAUAAAGAGAAAUGGGAGGUGGCAGGGAAAGCGGAGCCCCAGCCACCCUGCAGGACGUACCUCCACCCCGACUCCCCCGCGCCGGGGAGCCACUGGAUGAAGCAGUCCGUCUCCUUCCUCAAACUCAAGCUCACCAACAACACACUCGACCAGCACGGCCAUAUCAUUUUGCACUCCAUGCAUCGCUACCACCCGCGCUUCCACAUCGUCCAGGCAGACGACCUGUUCAGUGUGCGCUGGAGCGUCUUCCAGACCUUCACCUUCAUUGAGACUUCCUUCACCGCGGUCACAGCGUACCAGAACACCUCGAUCACAAAGCUGAAGAUCAAUCACAACCCAUUUGCAAAAGGCUUCCGGGAUGAAGGCACCAAUAAAAAAAGGCGUUCAAACAAGAGUCCAGCCUGCCAGGAGAAACGAGCCAAGAUGUCCGACAUGUUGAACAGAGACUCUAAGGAGGACAGUCCACCAGACUUCUGCCGGUCAGCGUACGAGGCUUACGACGGAGAAGAAGGAGACAUGGCCAAACGGAAAGAGGCUGAAGGCAUCAAACAGGAGCGUUACUCCCCCUGGGCCGUAGAGCGGGAGCACGGUGUGAGGACCGAGUCCCCCCCCGGGGCCGACCACAGAGACGUGUACAACACGGAGCAGCUGGUCCCUGCCCCGGCCUCCUACCAGCCCCAGAGGGUCCAUGACUUUGGGAAGCCCCCCUCCCCUUCCCCCAGCGUGGGCAGCAGCCACAGCGGGUCAGGACACAGCAGCUUCGAGUCCCGAGUCCCCGACGUCGCCACGGUGCCAGACCACGACGCCUCAAAGCUCCGCACACACGAGGUGGGCCCCCCCCCCUGUGGCCCACAACCCCUCCCGGCCCCCCAGGACUACCCCGGGGUCCUCAACAUGUCCAUGGCCCACCAGGCAGGGAAACCGGGGGUGAUCGGACACCACCUCUACAGUCCAUACGGCCCCGAGCAGCCCCUGGGCCAGUGGAGCAACCCGGGCCCCACACAGUACCCCCCCCCUCACCACCUGACCGCCGACUACACAACGCCCGCUGUGCACCAUGGAUAUCACCAUGGCAACGUGGCUGAGUGGAGCCAGUACCCUCUGUUCUCUUACUCGUGCUGGUGAAGGAUCCGAGGUGAUAAGUGACUGAUACCGGUGCUGAUCCGGGGGGGUGCAUGCCGACAAGAGGCCCAAAAAAAACUGAUUUGAGAGAGGAAUAAUAUGUUUGAUGAGAGCGGCCGGACGUCUCCAGACCGACAGGAUGCUGACUGAAACCAAAGUGUGCUACGCCAUGCUGUUUAAUUGUUAUUAUUGUUGAAUUGUCUAUUUAUUUUCUAUUUCAUCUCAUCUCCAAGUUUAAAUAUUAUUUUUGUAAAAGAAAGAUUAAAACGUGUGUGCAAUUUAUGUCUGUCUUCAAAUU